CCGGUAAGAUAAAGAAGGCGAAAGAGGGAGUUUGUCCAAGUGGGAAUGAACGAGUCGAGGGAGAUUCCACUGCUACUAACUGAAAGGGACGAGAAGGAGAAAGGUGUGGAAGUAACACUCUAUUGGCAUUGGGAAGGUUAUUUACAUCAGGGCUGGUCUGGACUCUGUCCGCUUCCCGUAAUGAGAGUGGAUUUGUGUGCACAGAUCCUUCACGCUGCACUGCCAAGCUACUGUAGGAGGAUCUGUCACACUGUAUGAUCAAGACUGGUUGUAUUUUAUUGAAAACUAAAAAUGAAAAAAAAAAAAAGAAUACCAUUUUAAUUUUUAUAUAGGUCUUUGCUUGGUCAAGAGUCUGUUAGACCAUAUUCAACAAUGUGCUCUCCUCCUUUCUCUGCGUGCAAAAGUGGUUUAAUAUGGGAAUGGUUUUUGGGUUAUCCAAUUUCAUUCAUGAUAAUAAAGUUUAAGUAGAAUGAAUACAGUGUUUUAAAAUUGUUGAUGAAUCGAUCAAAUUACUGCAGCAAUAUGCUCCUGAUCUGCUAAGAAUAUUUCAAUCUGUUUCUAACCACUUCUAAUUGGACUGUGGACUGUGGGAGGAAACCAGAGUACUCACAGAGUAACAGCACUAAAGUUUUCAAAUUCCUCCUCUGGUCUGCUCUCAAAUCACAAUGUUCUGAAUUUUUUUUGACUGAAAACAUCCGACUUGUUUCUUUAACAUGUUUUUAGAAAAUUCUCAUGGGAGUGCAAUGAUGAUUCUUGUCUGCAUUUUAUUCUCUAAUUUCUAUUUGGUUUAAAAAUCAGUCAUUUCUUCUUUCAUGACUCGUAGUCAAAUAAUGUCCUUGUCAAGAGAACACAUAUUGAAAUUACAGAAGAACACAUGUUCUCACUUUGCGAAACUGGACAUUCCUGUGUUGCUGCUGAUGUGGUCAAAGUGUUAUUGUGCUUCUGUUCCUGCAGUAUGACCUUCUUUUUUGAGAGGACAAUAAUGAAUUAAAAGGACACAACAUGUUGAUGUAUUACCUGCUUCUGAACUUGUUGCAUAGUGGUGAAGUGUGUGGUGAGAUGCAUGAGUAGCUGAAGGGUGAGGUGUGUCACUGGUAGGGUGUCCUGAGGUAGACUGUAUUCUUAUUCUUAUUCUGUAAAUCAGUUUCUUUUCUGGUCAUCUGUGUAAAAUCUGUCAAACUCUUGGGUCUUAUUCACUUUAAGUUAAGUUUUAUUAACUUUUAAGUUUCUUUAAGGGUUAAGUUUCUCUUUUCUCUGUUAUGAUGUGGUGACCAUUAUUUCUUCAUGCUUCAUGCACAACCAUUGUUUCAGAGAAACUUCUUUCUGCAGUAAUGCUCACUAUAUUGAUGUUUCUCUUCAGUCAUGUUUUGAAGAAGGAAAUCAUUCAGAGAUUUCGAAAAUCAUACAUCAUAAAAAUUUGGAAAUGACUGUGCUACAAUUUUUAAGCCUUCACAAACUUAAUCAAGCUUUGUCACACAGAGAACAAGACGUUUCUCAUUUUCCUUUCUUCUGAUAAGAUAGCUCUCUUUUACCUUUCCUAUUUUCUCCGUUCCUACCUCUUGUUUACAGGGGCUGUAGUUGGAACAGCCAGGGAUCUGCAGGCAUGUGUCCAGUGUGAGGCCCCAGUCCAGGGAAGCAGGCUUUUGCUGGAUCAGUUGAUGGGUGGAGCUCCUUGCCCUUUUACAGAAGAAAGAUCCGAGCUUUUCCAAGGUGUAAAGGUUGAACAGUUUGGAAUCUGCAGGCAGGAGUCCAGCGUGAGGCCCCAGUCCAGGGCAGCAGGCUGGUGCUGAAGGGGCGGAAGAUCCAGUAGAGGGGCCAGUGGGCAAACAGGUUCAUCUUGGCUGUCGGUGGAUACAGUACAUUGCUGGGUGGAGGUUCCCCGAGCUGUGCUAUAAAAACAAGUGAGUCCCAAUCCAUUGUUCUCUAAAGCAGUCAUAUUUCACUGGGCUGCAGCUGGGAUGGCCGGGGAUCUGCAGACAGGAGCCCAGUGUGAGCUCUCAGUCCAGGGGAGCAGGCUGGAGCAGAAGGGGCAGAAGAUCCAGGAGAGGGGCCAGUGGGCAAACAAGAGGGAGUUCAUCUUGGCUGUUGCUGGAAAUAUUGUUGGUUUGGGCAACGUGUGGAGGUUCCCCUACCUGUGCUACAAAAACGGGGGAGGUGCCUUCCUCAUCCCCUAUGUCCUGUUCCUGUUUACCUGUGGAAUCCCCGUGUUCCUGCUGGAGACGGCUCUGGGGCAGUACACCAGCCAGGGGAGCAUCACCUGCUGGAAGAAGAUCUGCCCCCUGUUUGAAGGCAUUGGCUGUUGUACUGUGGUGAUCAUGAUCUACACCAGCACUGUUUACAUCAUCAUCCAGGCUUGGGCCUUAUUCUACCUGUUCUCCUCCUUCAGUUCUGAGCUGCCCUGGGACAGCUGCAGAAACACCUGGAACACAGAUGCAUGUGUGGAGUUUGACAAGCAGAAUCUCACUUCCAACGGGACAGAGGCAGAAAGGGCCACCUCUGCUGUAAUGGAGUUCUGGAACAGGAGGGUGCUGGGUAUCUCUGGUGGGAUCGAUGAGUUGGGCAGUCUGAGAUGGGAACUGGCCCUGUGUCUCCUGCUGGCCUGGAUCAUCUGUUACUUUUCUGUCUGGAAGGGAGUGAGGUCCUCAGGGAAGGUGGUGUACUUCACAGCCACUUUCCCCUAUGUGAUGCUGGCGGUGCUGCUGGUCCGAGGACUCACCCUGCCUGGAGCUGUUGAUGGACUGGUCUUCUACCUCUACCCUGAUGUAACACGGCUCACUGACCCACAGGUAUGGAUGGAUGCAGGGACACAGAUUUUUUUCUCUUAUAGUGUUUGCUUAGGACUGCUAAUAGCACUCAGCAGUUACAACAAAUACAACAAUAACUGCUACAGGGACACCUUGUACCUGUGCCUCCUGAACAGCGCUACCAGCUUUGUGGCAGGAUUUGCCGUCUUCUCCGUGCUGGGCUUCAUGGCGUACGAGCAAGGAGUGGACAUCUCGCUGGUGGCCGAGUCUGGUCCUGGGUUGGUGUUCAUCUUGUACCCGAGGGCAGUGGCCAUGAUGCCUCUACCCCAGCUCUGGGCUGUCUGUUUCUUCAUCAUGGUUCUCCUGCUGGGAAUAGACACAGAGUUUGUGGGCAUUGAAACCGUGAUGACAACCAUCGUGGAUUUGUUUCCUGCUGUGUUCCGGAGAGGAUACCGGCGGGAGCUCCUUCUGCUCCUCUUCUGUGUGGUCUGCUUCCUGCUUGGUCUCCUCAUGGUCACUGAGGGUGGAAUAUACAUCUUCCAAUUGGUUGAGUACUAUGCUUGCAAUGGGGCCUGCCUCUUGUUUGUUGCCAUAUUUCAGACUAUUUGUAUUGGAUGGGUAUAUGGAGCUGAUCUCUUCUGUGCCAACAUUGAAGACAUGAUUGGCUGUCGGCCUUUGGCUGUGUUUAGGUACUGUUGGCGCUACAUCACUCCAGCUGUGUGCACUGGCAUCUUCAUCUUCUCUCUGGUCAAGCACACCCCUCUGAAGUUCAACAACACCUAUGUGUAUCCAGACUGGGCGUAUGUCCUGGGCUGGUUCUUUGCCCUCUCCUCUGUCACCUGUGUGCCUCUGGUCAUGCUGUAUAAACUCACCAGGACAGCAGGGACACUACGCCAGCGUCUGCAGCAGUUGUGUCGCCAUGCCCAGGACUUGCCUCUCAAUCAGAAGCAGAAACAGAACUGUGAUCCUCUGAACUCAGACUCCAGAGCUCUGUUGAGUUGUAGAGAGAAACAGCCAAAGAGUGAAGGAAGCCUUGAAGCUCCCAUCCCAGCCACCUCUGUCUGUUAACACAGCAGCAGUGUAGAAAGUGGUUCAAUAUGGGUACCUGUGGUGUUUGGGGUAGACAUGUUCAUUUAAGAAUAUUAAGGUGAAGUGUAAAUAAUACAGUGUUUCAAUAUCUUUGAUGAAUUAAUCAGAUUACUGUAUAAAUGUGCUUCUGAUAUGCCACUUGGUUGUUUUAAGUAAAAUAAUUUAAUUAUUUUCUUUUAUAUGUCAGUAUACCUCUAAAGAGCCACCUUUUAAAAAGACAUUUUCUAACUCAUCCUCUGAAUAGCUGUUGCAGAAGCUUUCUUUAAUACACACCUGAUGGGAGCAGGCAGGCAUUUUGUUUACUCAUUUCCAUUUGAUUUGCAAAUAAGUUAUUUUAACACCAAAACUUCUUGAUACCUGAGUUGAAUUUUCCUUCCAAGAGAACCCAUAGAAAAUAACAGAUGAACACCCAUUUUAUCAUGACACUUGACAUUUCUAUAUUGCUUCUGCUGAUGUGGUCAAUCCUUACUUUUAUUCCAUUAAAGUGGUCUGCUCUUGUUUUUUUUGGGGGGGAAGGAAAUAAAAAAUGUCUAGUUUUUGAACACCCUAAAA